AUGUACAUGAGACAAACAUUUGAAAAGUUUUUCACUUGUCAAGCUCUGAACAUUGUCAAGAAUUUGUGGAAAACACCAUCAAGACAUUAUGCCUCAAAUACAGUUUUUUCAUUGUCGUCUGGUGCUGGAAAAUGUGGAGUAGCUGUAAUACGUGUGUCAGGGCCUAAAUCAAGAUUUUCACUGGAACAGUUAUGUGGAGGGGUUACAAAACCUCGUGUGGCUAGUCUUAAAAAAUUAACGAACCCUUUUUCCAAAGAAAUGUUGGAUAAAGCUAUAGUAUUAUGGUUUCCAGGGCCACAUAGCUUUACAGGAGAAGACUGUGCAGAGUUUCAUGUUCAUGGUGGUCCUGCUGUGGUUUCAUCAGUUCUGUCCGCACUCAGUUCUAUUGAUGGUUUCAGGCCAGCACAAGCAGGAGAAUUUACUAAACAGGCAUUUCUAAACGGCAAACUAGAUCUGACAGAGGUGGAAGGACUUGGAGAUUUAAUCCACGCUGAAACGGAAGCACAGAGAAAACAAGCUCUCAGGCAGAUGGAAGGUGACCUUGGUAGAAUAUAUACAAGUUGGAGACAACGAUUGAUAAAGUGCCUGGCAAACGCAGAAGCUUUUAUUGAUUUUCACGAAGAAGAGAAUAUUGAAGAUGAUGUUUUGGAAUCUGUAAAAUUAGACGUCAUGAAAAUUCAGAAAGAGAUAAUCGAUCAUUUAAAGGACAGCAGACGUGGUGAAAGGCUUCGAGACGGUCUGCGUGUGGUCAUAUUAGGAGAACCCAAUGUUGGAAAGAGCAGUCUUCUGAAUGCUAUAUGCCAAAGACCUGCAGCAAUUGUGUCCCCCAUUGCUGGUACAACAAGAGAUGUUGUGGAAACAGCCUUAAAUAUUGGAGGCUACCCUGUACUCCUGAGUGACACAGCUGGCUUGAGGGAGACAUCUGAUGUAGUUGAAAAGGAGGGAGUCUCAAGAGCUCUUCAGAGAGCAGAAAGUGCAGACCUAAAGAUAAUAUUGUUUGACUGGAUUUGUUGCUCCAGGGAACUUAGUAAUGUUCAUUCAUUAUUGGACUUUGCUGACUCAUACAUGCAGAAACUGGGGCUACUCAGAAAUCUCAAUGAAGGCAUAGACAUUGAUGAUUUUUCUGUGAGAAUACAUGGGACUCAGGCCCACACCAUCUCAAAUAAUGACAGUGCACAUUCUGUUAUUCUGGAGAAUUCUAGUGAAAUAUCACAGAGCACAUUGUCGGCGGAAGAAACACAAAAUGUACAGACAGUAGACUUGUCCAGUUUGUUGAUAGUGGUAAAUAAGUGCGACAUGGCAGAUCAUGCAACCCUCCCUGGCAACAUUUUGAACAGUGCUGGUCAUGUGUGUUGUAUCUCUUGUAAAACUGGCCAGGGAAUGGCUGCUUUUAUGGAGCUUCUUGUCAACAAGAUAAAAGUUUUGUGUGGAGAUCCUCUCUUGGGCAGUCCAAGUCUGACUCAGACACGCCACCGCCAUCACCUAAACAAAUGCCAGAAACAUUUGACUGACUUCACUCAUUAUGCUCAGUAUGAUGUUGUUUUAGCAGCCGAACGAUUACGGUUGGCCACCAGAGAACUUGGGCAGAUCACAGGAGCUGUCUCUGUAGAGGAUGUGCUUGAUGUCAUAUUUAGAGAUUUUUGCAUUGGCAAGUAG